GCGAAGCUCUGCACCAGCCGGGAAGCACCCAGCUGGAGAAGAAAUUAACCAGGGGUCCUCUCCCUCUGGAAGCGGACGGACGGUCCUCCCCGCCCGGGGCGGCUGACGCAUGGAGGCUGUGGGGAGGAAAAGCAGCCAUGAGAAAAUUGAGGCUGGGAAGUGGUAAAAACUCGGAAGGAAAGAUGGACUCCGGUGUCUGGCUUACCUGAAGUCUUCCACCUGCAAGUAUUUUCAGUUACCAAGUUAGCCAAGAAGACCACCAUGGAAGGAGCCAACAGCCCUGAUCUGCAGCUCCAGCAGCUUCCACCCACAAGCAUGACUGUCACGGUUAAUGAAGUUUCUUUCUCUUAUAAGGAAAACUUGAUUGGCGCCCUGCUGGCUAUUUUUGGACAUCUCGUCGUCAGCAUAGCCCUCAAUCUCCAGAAAUAUAGCCACAUCCGCCUGGCCGGCUCUAAGGACCCCCGGGCCUACUUCAAGACCAAGACGUGGUGGCUCGGCCUGUUCCUGAUGCUUCUGGGAGAACUGGGAGUGUUCUCGUCUUACGCCUUCGCGCCCCUCUCCCUCAUCGUGCCCCUCAGCGCCGUCUCUGUCAUCGCCAGUGCCAUAAUAGGAAUCAUAUUCAUCAAAGAAAAAUGGAAACCCAAAGAUUUUCUGAGGCGUUAUGUUUUGUCUUUUGUAGGUUGUGGCUUGGCCAUCAUAGGCACUUACUUGCUGGUUACCUUUGGACCCAACAGUCAUGAAAAGAUGACAGGAGAAAACAUCACAAAGCACUUAGUGAGCUGGCCAUUCCUUCUCUACAUGCUUGUGGAGAUCAUUGUCUUCUGCUUACUGCUAUAUUUCUACAAGGAGAAAAACGUCAACUACAUAGUCGUGAUCCUCCUCCUGGUCGCUCUUCUUGGUUCCAUGACAGUGGUGACUGUCAAGGCUGUGGCAGGAAUGCUGGUCCUAUCAAUCCAAGGGAACCUCCAGCUCGACUACCCCAUCUUCUACGUGAUGCUGGUGUGCAUGGUCGCCACGGCCAUCUAUCAAGCCGCCUUCUUAAGCCAGGCCACCCAGCUCUAUGAUUCCUCCUUGAUUGCCAGCGUGGGCUACAUUCUGUCGACAACCAUUGCAAUCACAGCAGGAGCAACGUUUUACUUGGAUUUCAUCGGUGAGGACGCUCUCCACAUAUGUAUGUUUGCACUUGGCUGCCUCGUUGCCUUCUUGGGCGUCUUCCUGAUCACAAGGAACAGAAAGAAGGCCGUCCCAUUUGAACCCUACAUCUCCAUGGAUGCCAUGCCAGGUAUGCAGAAUAUACACGACAAGGGAAUAACCGUCCAACCCGACCUCAAAGCUUCCUUUUCCUACGGCGCCCUGGAGAACAACGACAAUGUUUCUGAGAUCUACACCCCUGCCACGCUGCCCGUCAUGCAAGAGGAACACGGCUCCAGAGCCGCCUCUACGCCGCCCUACCGAGUGCUGGAACACACAAAGAGGGAAUGAGUAAGGUCUCCAAAGAAACUGAAAUCCAGCCUGGCCCGGGAGGGGUUUGUUUAUUUAUUACCUGGGCUUUCCAGUCUGUUAUAGUUUAAAACUCUAGGCUUGAACUUGCUUUUCCAAUUUUGUUUGUUUGUUCGUUUUUCACGUAGAGAAUUCCACAGAGCUGGGAACUCAGAAGUGAUUUGUCUUAAACCAACAGCAAAUUGUACUAGUCUUCUACAUUUGAACUGUUGCAUAGAAAAAGGCAAAAACAAAACAAAACAAACUAAACACAGUAUUUGGGGUAUGCAAUAAGGAACACGCCUCAACCAUGUAUGUUUUUCUUCUAGGAUCUCACAUCUUAUUCGAUGGUUAUGCGUCUGCCUAAAUAAAUAAUGAAAGAUUCCUGAGUUCUACUUACUUCCGUGCUUAGCACAAUGCCUGGCACAUAGUAGGUGCUUAAUAAAUGUUGAUUGAUUGAAAAUAAACAGAAACCUGGCGGAGGCUAAGACAUGCUGAAGUGUUAGAACUCUGGGGCUGAGAUCCUUAUUUCCUUUCUUGUCCUUCCCUCAGAGGCAUGAUCACUCUCCAAAUAUCCCUCUCAAUUAUCUGUGAUCAGGUCUGUAUAAUGACAGAUUACCAUGGGUUAGCAUACUGGAUAAAAUCUUUGAGUGAGCAAUCUGUAAUUUAUGUCAAUGAAAUGUAAAACACAAGACAGGUAACAGGCUAGUGCACCCAACUCUGUAUUCCAAGGGUCACAAAUAUUCCCUCUGGUGAAAAACAAAACCAGUGUCUCUAAAUUUGGAUCUAGUAUCCAUCUGGAUCUGAAACUUAUUUUGAGCCACAAAUAGCUUUAUGAAUUUUUUUUUCCAAAUUUAGGAGCUGAGAAGUCAACAGCUGAGCAAUAGCUUUGCCAUAGCUAGAUGUCAGAGAGAAAGUCAAUUAAUAAGAUGAAUCAGAGACUGUUUUUGAAAUCUCUGGAUCUCUGAGUUUAUCUGGGUGGGCCUUCCCUCCUCUUGUGGGAUUGUUGUCUAAUCUUUCCAACUAUCCCAUGCACUGGGUCAUUCCUUUAGACUUUUUGCAGUCCCAAGGCCCAUGUCAUCCCUGCCUCAAUUGGUCUCCCUUUCCACUUGCCCAUGUCCUUGAAAAUAUCUUCAAUACUAGCUCAUGAUAGUCUGUGAAAUAUGUACUCCCCAUCUUUUAUUUCAGGAUGCUGCCAAUUUAUGUUUUAGAAGCCAGGAUUCCCACAUGUUCAGACAUAAUGAUGAGAAUUCAUUAAUUAACAUUUGAAGCAAAUAAUGCCUAUGAAAAAAUAAGAUUCACCUCUUCCAAAGGGGCUAGCACCCAGGAGUAGCUAACAGACAUGGUGGGCCCAAGGAAAAAGGGAUUACACAAAAGUAUUUUGUAGUUAGUUGUUAAAGUUUGUGAAAUCAGAACAAAGAUAGGUAGGUCAUUUCAGCCUAAAAGAAUCUUGUAUCUGGGGUUUAAUUAGGAAACAGCUUUUACACCCAAAAUCCUAGGCAGAAGUACAGUUUAUCAAAUCGAUCAGGGAACUCUCUCCUCUGUUUGACAAUAGCAGGGACUAUGUAACUAUUAUAAACUAGAAUAAUAUUGCUUAUAGAGCUUCCCUACAUGUUCCAGACAACAGAGAUUUAUUUGUUCAUUCCUGGACUUUUUAUCUCUUCUAAGCUAAGGCCACCUGAGAAAUCUCAGUGUUCAUUUGGAAGAAAAAAUUGCUCAUUACCUCCUCCUGCCUGAUAUUUUGAGACUCACAAGCUGAACUUCAACUUGACAUUUUUCCUUGAAUCUGAUAGGUAUCUAUUGAGUUAUGUGUUUCAGGAUAUCCUGUGCCCACACAGACCUACUUGAGUAAUGGAAACAUUCUCUGGAGGGGGUUAGUUCCCAGUGUGUCUAUGUAAAGUGAUUUCCCCUUGAUUCAGUCUAGAUGUCUUUUUAAUAAUUUAGAGAACAGGGGCAGCUAAAUGGUGUAAUAAAACAUCUGCUCUGAAGUAAAGAGGACCUGAGUUCAAAUCUGGCCUCAGACACUUAACACUUAUUAGCUGUGUGACCCUGGACAAAUCACUUAAUCCCAGGAACCUGGGUUUGGGGAGGAGAAGCAAAAAUAAAUAAAUAAAUAAAAUUAUAGAAUAGACAUCUAUGUAAACCAAGGGGACCUUGAACCCUGAUUGUAAUAAAUCCUUUGUGUCAGAACUGAAAGGGACCUUCAACUAUGCUACAAAUAUAGCACAAAUAUAAAUAUAGAAGACCUGGAUUCCAAUUUCAUAUCUAAUUUUUUUACCACCUGGAUGACUUGGACAAGUUAUUUCAUCUCCCUGCGCCUCAGUUUCUCAUUUGUAAAAUGAAAUGACUGGAACAGAUGACUUCUGAGGUUCUGUUCAACUCUAGAUCUAGGGUUCUAGGAAUUUGGCAUUAGAAGACAGAAGAACCCAGCUAGAUGUAACCUUAGAAAUCCAAGAUCCUAAUAUUAGUGAAAAGGGAACUGAACUCAAAAGACUUAUCCAGGAUCAUAUAAGAAGUUCUUGGGAGAGUUGGAGCCUAAAACUCCUUCGUAUUGAGUUUCAUGCUUGUAUUUUGCUCCACUCAUUCCACCAUAGCUGGCUUGGCAAGGUCAAAGGAAUGUUUUUUCCCUCAGAAUUUCUUAGAUAAGAUCAAUAAUCAUCAUAUGAUCCAUGGUGUUCUUUCCACCCCACCUUAGAAACAGCCUCACUUCUCCCUCUGGCCCCCAGCACUGCCAAGUCAGAUAAUGGUGUGAAAAAACAAAUGUCAUUAGAAUAUUAAUUCUGAUGGGCCAUGCUGGACACCAAUUUAAAUAUCAUAGCCCCAGCAUCUUCCAGUCUAAAGGCUAUGGAUAAGGUGAAGAAGUACUUAUUUUUAAGAUAUAAGAGAGACAUGGUACAAAAUGUUUUCCUUAGGAUAACCUAGAAGGACCAAAGUUGAUAGUGGAUUAAAAGUAAUCCUGAUGUAAAACAGAGAAAGCUUUGACUCUUAAAGUGGAGAGAGAGUGGGUGGAAUGUCAGAUAGGGGAGGGAUCUUUCCCUUAUAAUACAGGAUGUCAGAGCUGGGAAGUCUCUUAGAACUCAGGCUGUCAUAGCUGGGAGGGCCCUUAGACCACAGGAUGUCAGAGCUGGGAGGGCCCUUAAAACCCAGAAUAUCAGAACUGGGAGGGCCCUUAGAACCCAGAAUGUCAGAGCUGGGAGGGCCUUUAGAACCCAGAAUGUCAGAGCUGGGAGGGCCCUUAGAACCCAGAAUGUCAGAGCUGGGAGGGCCCUUAGAACCCAGAAUGUCAGAGCUGGGAAGGCCCUUAGAACCCGGGAUAUCAGAGCUGGGAGGGCCCUUAGAACUCGGGAUGUCAGAGCUGGGAGGGCCCUUAGAACUCAGGAUGUCAGAGCUGGGAGGGCCCUUCACUUUACAGAUGAGGAAACGGAAGUCGGAAGCAGGGAAAUGAUUCAUACAGGAAGGUGGUAGCAAAGCUGAGAUUAGAACCCAGUUGCUUGGAUCCCAGGCUGUGCUAUUCCUACUGUUGUGUUUUGAAGAAUGCAGAAUUUGGGGACAUCUCUAACCUAAUCCUAGUCAAAUGAGAAACCCACCUUGAAAGAAAGGCUUUUGAGACCUCAGGAAGUGUUCUGUGAAGCCUUUUAAACUUAGUCAACCAUAUAGCGUAUCCUCCUUUCUUUUGUCUUUUCAUAACAGGAACACAACUGUCAGGGUACUUUCAGGCUUACAACACACUUUGCUUACAGGGACCCUGGGAAGUGGGGAGUGUGAGUCUUGAGUAAACAGCCUGUUUGUUGCUAGCAACAAGGAGCACCUGCUUCUGAGGGGGUGGCUACCAUCAGCAAUCUGCUGAUCAGCCCAACAAGCUCCUCUGGCUUUCCAUUCAUUGCUUCCCCAACCUUCCUCCUUUUUAUUCUGUUUUUUUCUACAUCACCUUCUUUUCCAACUCUGUCUGCCAUUAGCCAGAGGGUCAUCCCCAGGAACAAAGAAAAAAGUAAAAGGGAAAAAAGGUGAGCAAACUUAACUGAUAUUCUACCGAGUCUAACAGUAUAUAUGGUGUUUUCACACUUAUAGUCCUUCACCUCUCUCCGAAUUGAUCCUUUUUUCCUUCUUGCCAGUUGUUAGCACUUUGGAAAUCAAAUCUCACCCUAUCAGCAACUCAGCAUACAGAACAAGGCCAUUGGACAUGGCUCAGCUCAGUGCCUGGCACAUAGUAGGCACUUAUAAAUGUUUAUUGAUUGAUUGAUUGGGACAUGCUUUUGAAUGUUUCUUCUCUGCUGUCCACAUCCCCACCACCCCCACCAUAUACCCUCCUUUGGGGAGGCGAAGGAAUGAUGGAAGUAGGAGAAUAAUGGGGAAGGAGAUUGAAAUGCUGAAGAUUUUGUACUUAAAUUAAAUGAAAUCUUUCUGUAAUGGAGUAUUAUGGUGCUAUAAUAAGUGACAAAUGUGAUGAAUACAGAAAAGUAUGAGAAAACUUUAUAUGAAAUGAUGCAGAGUGGAGUUAGCAGAACCAAGAAAAUACUGCAUACAAUGGCAACAAUAGUGGAAAUGGAAGAAUAAGCAUAAUCAAAAAUGAGAAAUGAAAAACACUCAAAAAUGAAAUUAUAAAGAAUAAAUGUGGCCCAAAAGAAGAGAGAUGAUAAGAUACCUCCUCUUCUUUUACAGGUGGAGGGAGGUAGGAUCUUUGGGUGUGAAAUAAUUCAUAUAUUGUCCAAUUUUUUAAGUAUUGAGUGAUUUGUUGAUUUUCUUUUCCCUUUUUCUUAAGAAAUAGUCUUUCUUCUAUUGGAUGACUUUCUGAGAAAGAGAAGGAAACAGAGAAAUCUUGAUGACGUAAAAACAAAAGAUAUCAAUAAAAUUUGUUAUUUAAAAGAAAAAAAGAAUAUCGUCUUCUGAGUUUGGCCACCACGGGUUUUGAUAAUAGAUGAAGAUCCAGUGCACAUAUUAGACAGUGCCCCAGGACUCUCUUAGCAGUAGUCAUCAUAUCAUCACAUUGGUUUGUGCAUCAGGUCAAUUGAUCCAUCGGUUUCUUUAAUGGAAGCCAAACUGCUUUGCUGUACAGUGUGCAUAUACACAUGCAUGAUAUGCCCUUUUUGCUUUAAGCUUCUGAGCAAAUUUGGUCCGUCACUGGUUGAGAUUCAGAAUGAUGUUACCUUGAGGGAUCUAUAGGAAUCAUGGGACCUUGUGGCCUUCCAGUAUGUACCAUAUGCAAAAGUUAUAUUGUGUUCAUUUCACAAACCUGAUGCUGCAUGUUGCAUUUCUUUUUUAAUUGUAUAAUGUGUCUAUUGGUUGAGAGUAAUUUUACAAAGUGAUAUUUAAAAAUAAUAAUAAAAAAAUUAAGUAAUGUG